ACAAAGUAAAGAUAAUAUGUUAUCAAAGGUUUGACUUUGCAGUAGCGAAGUCAACAUCAUAAUUCUAGAUCUAGAAAUAUAAUUAGAAUUAGAUCUAGAUUUAGAUCUGGAUCUAGACUUCUAGAUCUAGCAAAUAAGCAUGCAUCGAAGUUUAUUGCAAGCGUUAACUACAUCUCACAAGGAAACUGGCCGUAUACUAGCAUCAUUCAGGCUGUUUCACACAACAUGUAUUACUGAGGAUAGAGAGAAAAAGAUUUCAGCUGAGAAAAAAGAAAUCAAGAAGCCAUCAAGCAAAGUACCCCCUACCAAGCAAACCCCUGCUAAGCUUCUGAAGAAAAAUGAGGAUACAAAUUCAGAUAAGAAGAAAGUCCAUGUGAGUGAGGAGCUGAAAAUGGCAGCUGAGGCCGCAGCUAAGUCAUUCUCACGUGACUGGACCAGGACAGCUGAGGAGCUGCUGUCACGCCUCCAGUCCACCCAGCCCAGUGCCAGCCCUGAUGAACAGGAGCAGGAAAAUCAACAAGUCAACAACCUGCUUUCUACCAUGAAAGUUGGAAGAGGGUUUACCCAACCAGCUGGGAGCAGAUCACCUAUGUACAGGAGGACAAGGGAUGGGAGCAUGGAGAUUCUGCCUUCUAGUGUUGUUUCCAAUGUUACUUACAGGAAAAGAUUAUCCAGGUUGAAUGAGAACUUACCUUCGUUGAAAAAUGCACCUAGACUUGGAAUAUUCAAUGCUGAAAAAAUAAAAUCACAAGUGGAGGAGCCAAAACCAGCCAAGGAUCUGUGGGCUCAGGUUGAUGAAGAAAACCUGAGGAAAAUUCAGGCACCUCUUCCUAGAAACCAUUUUGAGGAAAUGAUUCAGUGGACCAAAGAAGGCAAGCUCUGGACGUUCCCCAUAGAUAAUGAAGCAGACUUCCAUGAAGAACGCAAAUACAAGUUCCAUGACCACAUAUUCCUGAACCAGCACUUGUCCAAGUUCCCAGACAAGGGGCCAGUGAGGAAGUUCAUGGAACUGGUCACCCUGGGUCUGAGCCUCAACCCAUACAUCACAGUGCCAGAGAAGCUGGAACACAUACGCUGGUAUGAGAAGUAUUUUGCUGAGAAACAGGACAUACUCAAGGGCUGCAUAGGGGAGCUGGGGGUGCUGAAGGAAGAAGGGAAACUGGCAUGAUUUCACUGGUGUUUUAUACGUUGUUGUGUCAUUGUAAACAUUAAAGAUGUAUCAUCAUUCUGUUGGUUUCACUA